UCGCCGGCGCCAUUUUGAGAGCCCGUUUCCUGUGUGGCGGAGCUGUCGAAUACUCGUGUGCACGAGCGAGCUGCUGCGGCUCCGUUCGUGCCUUUCGGGGACGCUUCUUCCGUUAGCUUAGCCUAGCUUAGCGUCUUACGCGGCGCUUCCCGAGACUCUGUCGUGAUCACUGACCGCCGCUUGUAGGCCACCAAAGGGAAGAGGACGGAUACGCCGAUUUAACGGUCAGACUAGGCAGUGGUGCAGGUGGAGGGUUCAGAAAGCAACAUGGCCACCCAGGCUGACCUGAUGGAACUAGACAUGGCCAUGGAGCCAGACCGCAAAGCAGCUGUCAACCACUGGCAGCAGUCGUACCUGGACUCCGGAAUCCACUCUGGGGCCACCACUACAGCACCUUCUCUGAGUGGCAAGGGAAACCCAGAGGAGGAUGAUGUGGACAACCAGGUUUUGUAUGGGUGGGAGGAAGGUUUCUCCCAGCCUUUCCAGCCGGACCAGGUGACUGACCUUGACGGGCAGUAUGCCAUGACGCGGGCUCAGAGGGUCCGUGCGGCCAUGUUUCCCGAGACCCUGGAUGAGGGCAUGCAAAUCCCAUCCACACAGUUCGACAGCGCUCACCCCACCAACGUACAGCGGCUGGCCGAGCCCUCGCAGAUGCUCAAGCAUGCCGUGGUCAACCUGAUCAACUACCAGGACGAUGCCGAGCUGGCCACCCGUGCCAUCCCAGAGCUCACCAAGCUGCUGAAUGACGAGGACCAGGUGGUGGUGAACAAGGCGGCGGUGAUGGUGCACCAGCUCUCAAAGAAGGAGGCCUCCCGGCACGCCAUCAUGCGCUCGCCCCAGAUGGUGUCGGCCAUCGUGCGCACCAUGCAGAACACAGGAGACGUAGAGACGGCACGCUGCACCGCCGGCACCCUGCACAACCUGUCGCACCACAGGGAGGGCCUGCUCGCCAUCUUUAAGUCUGGGGGCAUCCCGGCCCUCGUCAAGAUGCUGGGGUCCCCUGUGGACUCUGUCCUGUUCUAUGCCAUCACAACGCUUCACAACCUCCUGCUGCAUCAAGAGGGAGCAAAAAUGGCAGUGCGCUUGGCUGGGGGCCUGCAGAAGAUGGUGGCACUGCUCAACAAGACGAAUGUCAAGUUCCUCGCCAUCACCACCGACUGCCUCCAGAUCCUGGCAUAUGGGAACCAGGAGAGUAAGCUCAUCAUCCUGGCCAGCGGUGGCCCUCAGGCCCUUGUCAACAUCAUGCGAACCUACACCUAUGAGAAACUGCUGUGGACCACCAGCAGAGUGCUCAAAGUGCUUUCAGUCUGUUCCAGCAACAAGCCAGCCAUCGUCGAGGCUGGUGGCAUGCAGGCUCUUGGCCUGCACCUCACAGAUCCCAGCCAGCGUCUGGUCCAGAACUGCCUGUGGACCCUCAGAAACCUGUCCGACGCUGCAACCAAGCAGGAGGGCAUGGAGGGUUUGCUGGGGACGCUGGUCCAGCUCCUGGGUUCUGACGACAUCAAUGUGGUGACGUGUGCGGCUGGCAUCCUCUCCAACCUCACUUGCAACAAUUACAAGAACAAGAUGAUGGUGUGUCAAGUGGGGGGCAUCGAGGCACUGGUGCGCACCGUGCUCCGUGCCGGAGACCGGGAGGACAUCACGGAGCCUGCCGUCUGUGCCCUGCGCCACCUCACCAGCCGCCACCAGGAUGCAGAGAUGGCCCAGAAUGCAGUGCGGCUGCACUAUGGUCUGCCUGUGGUGGUGAAGCUGCUUCACCCACCCUCCCAUUGGCCGCUCAUUAAGGCAACUGUGGGGCUGAUCCGUAACCUGGCGCUGUGCCCGGCCAACCACGCGCCCCUCCGGGAGCAGGGCGCAAUCCCCCGCCUAGUGCAGCUGCUCGUGAGGGCGCACCAGGACACGCAGAGACGUACCUCCAUGGGUGGAACGCAGCAGCAGUUUGUGGAGGGUGUGCGGAUGGAGGAGAUUGUUGAGGGCUGCACUGGUGCCCUGCACAUCCUAGCCCGUGAUGUCCACAAUCGGAUUGUUAUCCGAGGCCUCAAUACCAUUCCACUCUUUGUCCAGCUGCUGUACUCGCCCAUUGAGAACAUCCAGAGGGUAGCAGCCGGUGUGCUGUGUGAGCUGGCCCAGGACAAGGAGGCGGCAGAGGCCAUCGAGGCAGAGGGUGCCACCGCCCCCCUAACGGAGCUGCUCCACUCCAGGAACGAGGGUGUAGCCACUUAUGCAGCCGCUGUGCUGUUCCGCAUGUCUGAGGAUAAACCCCAGGAUUACAAGAAGCGUCUGUCAGUGGAGCUCACCAGCUCCCUCUUCAGGACAGAGCCCAUGACCUGGAAUGAGACUGGGGAUCUCGGCUUGGACAUCAGCGCGCAAGGAGAGCCGCUCGGCUAUCGCCAGGAUGAUCCCAGCUACCGCUCUUUCCACUCUGGCUACGGUCAGGAUACCAUGGGCAUGGACCCCAUGAUGGACCACGACAUGGGCAGCCACCACCCUGGGCCGGAGUACCCAGUUGACGGGUUGCCCGACCUGGGGCACGCCCAGGACCUGAUCGAUGGCCUGCCCCCAAACGACAGCAAUCAGCUGGCCUGGUUUGAUACUGACCUGUAAAUAACUACUCCUUUUUAGCUGUUUCGUCUGAAUGAACCUGCGUUGUGAUUUGGCCUGUAGAGUUGCCGGAGGUCUCGGUGGUGGGGGUAGUAUCUCGGAAAGUGCCUGACACACUAACACAAGCUGAGUUUCCUAUGGGAACAAGUCGAAGUAAACUUUUUGUUCUGGUCCUUUUUGGCGAACGAGGUCAACGAAGAAGGAUGUUUCUGAGCGGACGCUGAAAGGAAGAAUGCACAAGGUGGAUCUUAAGGGUGGAAUUACAAAACUUAGCCUUUGCCUGUUUUUAUAUUUUUUAAAAUCACUCUUCAGUCUCUAUAAUGGUACUGAUGUAGCUUGCUUUAAACUAGCCUUAGUCCUUUUUCUUUUCACGGUAAUUUGUAUUAAGUCUCGUAGUGUUACGUUUAUAGUGGUGAUGCUCCAUCCAGUUUCUAAAUGAUCACGUAAUGGUGUAGAACACUAAUCAUUUCAGAUGUACUCUCAAAGUGUACCUAUAGCUUUUUUUUAUAAAAUCAAAGGGGAAAUGCAUUCUUAUGCUUACAUGAGUAUAGAAACUAUUCAGUGUCACAAUUGUUCCAAAGGGCGCAAUUGGGUGGGGGCCAGACUUUUCUUUUUUAAUUUUUUUUAUUUUAAAUGCUGUUCAAGGUAGUUUCAUGAAACAGUUGUAGCCUGCUGUGCUUACUUCAGAAACAUGGUUAUGACAUGGCUGAACAAUAAAAAUCCACUUAUUUCUG